AUGACAAGGGCUGGAAGAGGUGGAAGCCAAGAGCAAUCAAACGACGAUUAUGAUCCUUACGCGCAUCGCGAAACUCUGAAACCAGUCUCCGACUUCGGAUCGUUGGCGACUCUGGUGAAGAGCGCAGUCGGGACAGGGCUGUUCGCGAUACCGAACGCGUUCUCCGACGUUGGUUUGUUUAUUGGAAUAGUUGGCACGAUUCUAAUGGGCAUGUUCAUUACGGGAUCCCUUCAAAUCCUCUUGAAAAUUCAUCAGACGAUGUGCAUCAAACUGAAGAAACCAAUUCUGAAUUACGACGAGGUGGUCGUCGCUAGUUUGACGAUCGGGGUUAGGAAACCUUGGCUCUCUGCGCGGGUCGCGACAUUCAUGGUCGACGUGAUCAUGUUAACGUGUUACAUGGGCGUCGGCGCAGUGUAUGUAGUGUUCGUAUCUGGAGUGAUUCAAGAAUGCAUCGACACUGGGAAAACGAUCGAUCAAGGAUAUUAUGCGUUGAUGUUCUUUCCUAUUUUCUUUCUAAUGAAUAUGAUGAAACAUUUGAAGGACAUGGCGAGUGCAGCCAUCGUUGGGAAUGUGUUACUCUUUUCAGCGGCUCUGAUCGGUAUAGUGUACGCGUUGAAGGACGGCAUUGGAGAAAAGUGGGUCUGGGUCAGUCCACGUAUCGGUCUUUACCCGAAAUUUAUUGGGACGGUUUUCUUCAGCAUGGUUUCUCCGGGAGUCAUAUUAGCGAUACAGCACGAAAUGGAAACACCUUGGAACUACACGAAAUUAUGCGGAGUGCUCCAUUGGGGUAUGACGUUCAUAACAUUGCUGCACGUUCUUGUCGGUGCUAUUGGUUACUUGAAGUGGGGCACCGAUGCUUUAGGAAACUUCAUUCGAAACCAUCGCGUAAACGACGUAGCAACCGUGGCUGCCCUGUCGAUGCAAGCUAUAGCGAUAUAUUUCACGUACGGAUUACAAUGCUACAUGCCAAUAAAUAUAUUAUCAAACGCGUACGUGCUCCCAGCCCUCGAAGAGAAUAUUUGUAAAGGAAGUCCGUUUGUCUGGGACCUGAUUGUUCGUUUCGCCGUCAGCCUCGCCACAUGUUUGUUGGCAGCAUCGAUACCUAAACUCGACCUAUUCACUGGCCUGGUUGGAUCUAUCUGCAUAUCGACUUUGUCUACGCUAAUUCCAGUCGCUCUGUACAUUCUCGUGUAUUAUGGCAACUAUGGAUCGCGAAAAUGGAGACUUAUCUUAGGGCUAUCCUUACUGUUCAUUGGACUCGUCAUCACGCUAUGUGCGGUCGUAGUCAAUUUAACCCUGAUCGUUCAAUACUUUGCACAGAAGUAACGUAUGAACACGUCGUGAUAUACUAUAUAUUACACUAGAAACUGUGUAUGUACUGUUAAAAACGUGUAUGAACAGACCUGAGCGUAUUUCAAAUGAAAUGAAAAUAAAAAAUUACGUUAUAAAUUUUAAAAAAAAUGAUGUUCACUUAUUAAAGACCGAUAGUGACUUACGAUGAUUAUAACGAUUUAUGAUGACUCGUUAUGAUAAUUAUGGCAAUAUAUGACAAUUUAUGACGACUUGGACCGAUAGUGCAUUGUCUGGAAAAUCCCACCACUUCGACCUACGUACUUACCCACAACCCCAUCGAGCCAACGCGAAAAUUCUCAGGGAAAAAGGCUCGUCUCACAUAACGAAGAAGGGAAGCUUGCAAAGCGAUGCAUAAUCGCGUCAGAUCAUCCAGCCGUCGGUGGCCGAGGCUUAUCGCUUAUCUCUACACGGGCGCGGAUAGGUGGACGCAAAUGUGGAAACGCAGGUGUGCGCGUGUGGGUGCGUACGAGUGUCAAAGUUAGCUGGUUGGCGAACCAGCGCCGGGGGUGGGUGCUUCCAUCCCCACGAAAAGGAACGAAAGCGGAGGCAGCAGCGAGAAGAGAGUCGGCGGCGGGACACAGAAGGGUGCAUCCGUCGCACAGGGUGAGGACACAACCCCUUUUAGUGGCCACCACUCUCUUACCC